AUGCGUCGAAAUUCGCGACAUUGUCUUGAGGAGUAUGCCAUGGAUAUGGGGGCAGGGGGGGAGGUUGCACCUGACCCUAUUCCUCCUCCUCCUCCCCCUGCCCGAAGGGACCACGUCGCAAUCGACAUGCUGGAAGAAUGCUGUGCAGGAAGUCGAUCCCGCUGCGAAUCUGUCAUCCGGUCAGAAUGCCAACCCAACGGGGGGGAUUUUCUCGUUCAAGCCUUACAGAAUUUGCCUGGGUUUCGGGAAUGCCUUGCGAAAGACAUGCAUAUCUCGAUGAGAGUGUUUUGGGCGAUCGUUAUUGCGCUGUUAAGUGCCAUUGUGUACGUCAUUGUUCGAAUGGGGAUGACGAGAACAAUGGGCCAUCCGCUAGUAAUUAACCCUGAAACGGAGGAAACGUACAUCGGAAAUGUUAUAUAUCCCAGGAUCACCAUUGCCCCUCACGGGGGUUUCAAUCUCAACCAAAUCGAUGACGCGUUUAUAAAUUAUCUCGAUGUGCAAUCUGGCCAUAAUAUUGAUUGGACACAUAAGGAGGCCACAGGAGUACUUCAAAUAAUUGAUCAAGUUUGCUCCCCCAAUACCACAUUUGCUGGUUUGAAUAACGUUAGGCAUGAAGACGAUACAAACUGGGCAUUAGGAGAUGACCUUAAUGCGACUGAAAAAGUAAUGGACAAGGAGUUACAGACGAGUGGAAGAGUCGUCCAGUUUAUUCGAGGGGGAAUGGUAAGCUGUUCGGACGCAAUUCAGCGAUGCUUUCUCAACGGAGUGAAAUUAGAUUGCGGAGAGGUAUUUAAAGAGCAUUUUUCGGAAUGGGGAAGUACUUGCGUCUUUAACGGAAUUCCAACCGCAGCAACUAGAAGCCACGAGACACUACAAUCAACAUUUGGACAUCAGUACAAAGAUGACGAGCUCGCUGAAUGGCAACAGGUAAAAUCUGAUCGAGACAGUGACACUGUUGCUGAAAAGGGACAAAAUAGAACGAUUCCAAUCCCUUGGAAGCAAUAUUUCCCUGGUAAAACGUCAGGCUUAACUUUCGUCAUAAGGCAACAAAGCUAUUCUGAAAAAGCCUGCGUCCACGGAGAAGGGGUCGGUUUCAUGGUUGGAGUAAAUCAUCCAUUUGACGAACCUCAAAUACAACGGUUUGGGGUCCCCAUCCCGUUUGGCGUGGAAGCCUACGUCGCCGUGCGUCCAACCGUGUACUUGGCAGAUGGUGAAAUAAAGGAAGACGUUGAUCAGAGUAACCGUCGUUGUUAUUUCAGCGACGAAGGUGGCAUGGCUCAUUUAGAAUAUUACAAAAAGUAUUCCAAGCAGAAUUGCUUGUCCGAAUGUUUCUCAAAGAAAGUUACACAACGCUGCAAUUGUACGAUGCUCACCUACCCGGGAAAACCUGGACAUAGAUUGUGCACAGUUAAAGAAAUGAGAACCUGCGUCCAGGAGCAAGAACAAGCCUUAUUCAAGAAAGGACUAGCAACGAUAUGUGAAAAAUGUCGUCCAAAUUGUAGGGAUACAAAGUACGAGACCUCGAUAUCUUCGAGCCCCAUGUCCAACAGAAAGAUGAAGGACUGGCACAUACCUAAAAGAAGCAGUUUUUCUGUUGUUCACGUGUACUUUGAAACGGAUUCUAUCCAAGCCUUGAGAAGGAGCUCGCGUUACAAUUGGUUUGAAGUAACCGGUUUGAACGGAGGGACAAUUUCAAUGGUGACAGGGAUCUGCUUGUUGGACAUCGUCAAAGGUAUUUCGACCGCUAUUACCUUAUUAGCUGGUCAGUAUUUUUUAAUGACCCAACAACCGGAUGGAGGCAUGGAUGAGGAAACGAGUCAAAGACGCCAACGUGAUGUUAUCGUGGUUCCUCCUCCGGCUAAUGUUAUCCCUGUCCAACCACGCGCACCCACACCACCGCCCCAGUAUCUUCCAGUGGAGCCUUUACCUGAACCUGAUCUAUAA